AUGGAGUUCUCGGUGGAGCAUCAUCGGGCGCCGAUUGCGAUACGCGCUUCCACCUCUCAAGCGGUAUCGCUCCCCUCGCACGGGAUUUUUCUCGCCGAGGGCAGCUCGCAGGUUUUCAUCGCGCCGAUCGAAUGGAAAGUCGACGAGGCGACUCCGCCUGCCGUCGUGAAAACGGAUGAAAAGGCGGCGGAGGCGGUCGCGUCGAGCACGGAGGCCUACGGGUGGAGCGAGGAGGUGGAUGAGGCGGCUCUGGAGUUCUUUUCGGAGUAA